GUGCUGAUGCAGAGGUUCCCUCGUGUCUACGGGCAGAGUUGGAGGAGUUGCUGUUCGCGGACAAAGGCAGCAGGAGGGAGUGGAGCUUUGUAGAAGCCGGAGCCUGUCUCACUGGGUGUCUGUGUUUCAUUCCCUGUCAAAAGCCUGGGAGCUGGGGGGGAAAAAGCAGGGAAGCGGCGAGCUGCAGCGCUCGCUCAGGAUCAGAUAGCAAGGAAACCAAUAGCGGCGAGAAAAAAAAAAAAAAAAAAAAAAAGGAGAAAACCAACCCACAUCAACCAACCAACCCACCCACCCCUCCACGCUGAGGCUGGAACAGGCAGGUCCCUGCCAACUCCACAGCACGCAGCAAGCAGAGAAGAAGGGAAGAAGUCCACCCUCCCCGGGCAGGAGCGGAGUUGAGCCCGAAGGAUAUUUGAUGACACUUUGGCAACGAUGGGUCCCCCAGCAUCUUCCAGAGCCCAUUUGAGGGUGAAGGCUCCGAAAGCGCAGAGGGAGUUUGAAGCUAAAUUCACCUGAGUCUGGAUCUCUUGGUCGCUGGGAUUUAUCUAUUUUUCUUUUUUUCUCCACGGGGAAACCGAACCAAGAAAAAAAGCGAGUUUGCUUUUUUUCUUUAUUUUUUCUUUUUUUUUUAAUCUCCCUCUUUUUUUUAAUUUUUUUUUUUUCUUUUGGAAGAAGAUUUUUUUCCCCCCUGUGGUUGGAAUGGAGGGGUUGGGUCUGUGCCUAAGAAGCAGCAGCCGAACGUCGGUCCUGGGAGGAACCCGAGUGGAUGUGGGGUCCCCUGCCAGCUAACUCUCCAGGAGCUGCAGCCCCACGGCCGGAGGGGCUGGAUGCGGUGAGAGAGCCUCUCACGGGAUCCACGUGGUGACGUGGCAGCCAAGACGUGGAAGUUUGGGACUUCUCUUCCACCGCAGCAGAAUUUGGGGGGUGGGCAGGGGUGGGUCAGGGGGACACUGGGAGUCGCAAGACCCUUCACCUUCACUGUGGGCUUGGCUCAGGGAUGACAACGGGCAGAGUCAACCCUUACAGCAUCGUGUCCUCCGAGGAAGACGGGCUGAGGUUGACCACCAUGCCAGGUAUCAACGGCUUUGGCAAUGGGAAAAUCCACACCAGGAGGAAAUGCAGGAACAGGUUUGUAAAGAAGAACGGUCAGUGCAACGUGGAGUUCACCAACAUGGAUGACAAGCCACAGAGGUACAUUGCAGACAUGUUCACCACGUGCGUUGACAUCCGCUGGAGGUAUAUGCUCUUGCUCUUUUCCCUGGCAUUUCUGGUGUCCUGGUUAUUGUUUGGGCUGAUUUUCUGGCUAAUUGCACUCAUUCACGGAGACCUAGAAAACCCGGGUGGAGAUGAUACUUUCAAGCCUUGCGUUCUGCAGGUCAAUGGCUUUGUGGCUGCUUUUCUGUUCUCCAUCGAGACCCAAACGACGAUUGGGUACGGCUUCCGCUGCGUGACCGAGGAGUGUCCGCUUGCCGUCUUCAUGGUGGUGGUUCAGUCCAUCGUGGGCUGCAUAAUCGACUCUUUCAUGAUUGGUGCAAUAAUGGCAAAAAUGGCCAGGCCCAAAAAAAGGGCCCAGACAUUACUUUUCAGCCAUAACGCAGUAGUGGCGAUGAGAGAUGGAAAACUCUGCCUGAUGUGGAGAGUUGGGAACCUACGGAAAAGCCACAUAGUGGAAGCCCACGUACGAGCUCAGCUCAUUAAGCCCAGGAUCACAGAGGAAGGGGAGUACAUCCCACUCGACCAAAUAGACAUUGACGUGGGGUUUGAUAAAGGCUUGGACCGUAUUUUCUUGGUGUCUCCCAUCACCAUUCUCCACGAGAUCAACGAAGACAGCCCCUUGUUCGGGAUCAGCCGCCAGGACUUGGAGACAGAUGACUUUGAGAUCGUCGUCAUCCUGGAGGGCAUGGUAGAGGCCACAGCCAUGACGACGCAAGCUCGGAGCUCUUACCUGGCCAGUGAGAUACUGUGGGGCCACCGCUUCGAGCCCGUCUUGUUCGAGGAGAAAAACCAGUACAAAGUAGACUAUUCCCACUUCCACAAAACCUACGAGGUCCCGUCCACGCCCCGUUGCAGCGCCAAGGACUUGGUGGAGAACAAAUUCCUGCUGCCCAGCACCAACUCCUUCUGCUAUGAGAAUGAGCUGGCCUUCAUGAGCCGCGACGAGGAAGAGGAAGACGAUGACAGUCGGGGUCUGGAGGACCUCAGCCCGGACAACAGGCACGAGUUCGACAGGCUUCAAGCCACAAUAGCAUUGGAUCAGCGGUCGUACAGGAGGGAGUCAGAAAUAUGACUCUUGGUCCUUCCGUUGACUUUUCCAAGGGUAUUUUUUUUCCUCCUCUAAUCUCUUCCCCUACAACCCGCUCAAAUUAUGCAGAACAAUGCAAGUGCCAUAGGAAUGCUUGAGAAAUUAGUAUCGUUCAUAGUUUUCAGUUUCAUCGCAAUAACCACUGAGCGGUCUGCAGAGGGGACGGUGGCAGGCCACGGCGCGUCCCCCGCGCCCAGCGCCCGCGGCAGGGCCCACGGCUCUGGGGGAUGGAUGGAUGGACGGAUGGACGGAUGGACAGAAGGAAGGAUGAGGAGAGGAGGGUCCGUGGGGCAUGGGCAGGUGCUCGCCCCGCACGGCCCUGUGGGGCUUUGCUCUCCCCACGGGGAAAACGCCAGCGUUUUCCUGGAGCCGAGCACUGCGAGAUCCAAAAAGAGGAAAUAUCAGGAAACAAAUCUUGCUCUCUCUCUUUCUCUCUUUCUUUUCUUUUCAUUUCCUUUUAUUUUUUAACUGAGCAGCAACAACAAAACAAUUGCUCCUUCGGCAGGCGGUCUGGUUCAGUUGCACAAGAACAACACUUGAAAUAACAUGCAACAUUAAUGUACUUCUUUUUAAUUUGGGAAAAAACGGGGGAGGGAGGUGAGAGGGUUUUUAAUAUUUUCACCGCACCGUUUGGGAGACUGUUUACCAAAAUAAUAAUAAUAAUAAUUAUUAUUAUUAUUAUAAUUAUAACAAUAAUAAUAACAUUAAAUCUGAAAGAAGUCAUUCAGUAUUUUUUAAAAAUGAACAAGGGAACGAAGAAGCCAAGGGGGCCCUUUGAGGGGGUGACUUGUUGGGUAAAUACAAGAGCUAAAAGUUAAGAUUGCAUUCAGUUUUGGGGUGUUUUUUUACCACUGGCAUGGCUUCAUAUGCAGACGUAAGUGACUGUAGGUCUGUGGCAGUGAAAGAAAGUAGUGGAAUUAUUGACAAGGGAGGUAAUAAGGAUAAGCAGGGCUGUGAGAGAAAAAAAGCAUUGUAAACACAGUAAUUAGCCAAUCUCUGGAAAUGUUGGAUUUUGGGGUGGAAAUGGGAUCUAGCACAUCAACUGCUGAAGUGUUGGGUCUCCCCCAACAUCUCUGAUGAGGAAUUCAUAAGGUUCACCGUAACAGGGACAUGACAGUGAAAAGCACAAAAAUGAGAGUGGAGAGCUCUCAAAAUUGGGAAUUUCCCCACUUUUCUGACCAGUUUGGUAUUUUUCUUCCUUGAAGAAUAUUUUCAAGCAUGGAAAUCAAUGGGAAAGUCAUCUUGUUGGGCUGCACUUCUAGUCCUGGAGCUGUGUCCGUGCCAGGCUGGGCUUUGUGAAUUCCCAACCCACCAGAGAGUUCUGCUUCAGAGGCAGAUGUUGUCCCCAAAACUACAGAUGCCAGUUGAGAAAAUCACCCCACCUUGCGCUUCAGCCCAUCCCUGUGUCCCAGCCUCAAGGUGGAUUGUGCCUUAGAGAUGCGAACUCAUCCCGUGUCCCAGCCCUUCUCCACAGCCCCCAUCCUGCAUCCCCCCCUCUCGCUCUGCAGCACCCACAUCCCGUCAUCCACCGCCUUUCAGGCUGGCCUUGGUGACAACCUGCUUUAGCUUUGGCUCUGGCACAAGGCAGAGCACCCCAUGCAUGGGAAGCCUCCGCUCCUGCCCUGCUCCCCACAGAGGGAAGGAGUCAGGCAGGUGCAGCUUUGUGGGUCCCUUCAUCUGGCUGUGCUGCUCCUUGGUGCUCUGGGAGCCAAAAUCUGGCUCCCUGCUCCCUGUGGCCAUGGGAAAGGCUUUGUACCCAUGGGCAUCCCUCAUCUGACCCUCGGGGAGAGGGCUCAACAGCGGGGUCCUCCACAGCAUUUUGGCUGUGGUGGGCUCCCGGUGCUUUUCCCCCCCCAGCCCACACCAGGGAAGCUGUGUCUUGGGGUCAGGACUUGCUGUGGCGUGUCCAAACAUGGGUGGCAGAAGCAGGAUUUGUCCUGUGUCCCCAUCCCCAUCUUUUCCUUGCCAAGGGCUCUGGGGAACAGCUGCCCUGAGUGUCCCCCUGCCCUGUGCCACCGAGCACCGUGCUGGGGACGGGGACAUCAUCCCUGCAGAGCUUCCUCCCACCAGUGUCUGUCACCAUCACCCCACGCUGCCCAGCCAGGGGCUGCUCUGUUUUUGGCUUCCCCUAAAAACCACUGGGAGAAAACCUUCUCCAGGGGCAGCACUGGGAGGCAGCUCUUUCAGCACUGAGUGCCCCAAAUGUGUUGUCCCCAAAAGUGGGGACACGUAGGGAUGUGCCAUUGAGCUCCAGCCAUGACAUUUAUGUUUCUAAGGCAGUGAAGGUGGAUGCCAUCCCAUCUCCAAUCCCUUGCUCCUGGGGGGAUGCUUUUACCCCCUGCUUUUUGCACCACAGCAUCUGGGGGGUGGGAAGAAUGGAAGGGGGGGGCAGAGAGAUUUUGUGUGAGCACUACCUAUUUAUUUUUUUAAAACAAAUGCUUUUAAGUGGUUUUAGGUUCUUUUGAAUAAAUAAUAAUUAUUAAAAAAAAUAAAAGGUGCACAUCUUGCUGCUGUAGAGUUCUCAGAGGGUUAACUUCUUUAUAAAUAUAUAUAUAUAUCACAGUAAAUAUUUGUAUAAAAAUGAAAGAGAAAUAGAGAUGUCUUUAAGUAAAUUAUUGCUUUUAAAGAAACUUCUAUGAUUGUACAGUGUUACCUGGGAGAAUAGAAUAAUAUAUACAGAUGUAUUUUUAAACUGCUGUGUAGGAGGAUGUGAACUGGGACAGGGAGCGCCUGUGGCUGGCACAGUGAGGGGAUUUUGGACCUUCCCUGGCCCCUGUUCACACACCCCCUGCCCCAAGCCCUGCUAGUGAGGGUCUAGCUCUGGUGAGAUGUCCUGUAUCUACUGUAUAGUCCUUGUCCUGACCAUGGACCAUGCCGGUACCGAGUGUAUAAAUAUUAUUUUUGCCUACCUGUGAGAGCUCAGAGCUACUGGUCUUUUUCCCUCCCACCAGGGAGCAUCGGGAAGGCUGCCCAGCCAUAGCUUAAAUCCCAUCAAUUGUCAAAGAAAGGGGUAAAAAAGGAAAAAAAACCAAAAAAAGGUGGGAAAAAAGCCCAAGUUCAGCACUUGGGUUUCCUUAGGGGGCUGGGAAGGCACAGGGAUGCUUUGGGGGUGUGGGUUUUGGUGGAGUGGAACCCCUGUGGGAAGGGGCUUGGAGAGGAGCAAGGUGAAAUGUGCCCCCCACAAAAAACAGCCGCCGGCCAUGUCCUCCAGGCAGCCAGCUCCAUCCCCGGAGUUCGCUCCUGCGUUACACCUGAUCCCUGGGGGAUGGCAGGAGUCCGAGGAAGGAGGGAGCCGCUAAUGCCCCGGCCAGCAUCCCGCGGGGAUUGCCCCGGGCCGGGGCUCGGGCAGCCUCCGGCAGCAGCAGCUCCCCAAGCCGGGGCUCUGGGCUGCGCCUGCUGCUGCUCCGCUUUGGCCUCACCCUGAACAACUCCCCAACGAGGGCAGCAAGCAGCAGCAUCCCCACAGCCCAAAUCCACCUCUGGGAAGAGCAUCCUGUGCCCUGGGGGCUCCUCACUCGGCGGGGCGGGCCGGGGGCCAUCGGGACGAGCCUUAGCUUCUCAUCACCGGAUUUAGUGCACUUUGUCUUUUAGGGCUGGGACAAUCACUUAGCGCUCAACCUUUCGCGAUUCGGUGCCUGCUUGACCUUCAAACCUUUUGUAGGAGAUGAUUUCAGAGCCACCUUUUCUAUCUUUAAUAAGGCAGAACAAAUACGUUUAUUUUUAAACCCUCCUGCUCUUCCCUUUCCUCUCGUGCUGACAACCAAAAGAGUCCCCUCUGUGUGUGUGUGUGUGUCCCCCUCUCAUUUAUUGCACACAGAAAGGAGCGUGUGGCAGCUGUGGCUGUGUCCAGCACUCCGGCCACAUCCUGCUCUCCCACCCCCCAAUUCAGGAAUGCUGCCACGGGGGGGUUGGCACAGGGCAGGAUCCAGAUGCAUCAGGAGCAGGGACAGGACGUGGGACAGCGCCCAACCCGAUGCCACCCAUCCCCUCGCCCACCAGCUGUGCACAUCUGUCCUGCUGCCCACUCCCAGGGCACUUUGUCCCCUCCAUCUCCCCCCCAAACACACCCCAGUGCUCCCCCAGGCUUGGCCCCACGUGGGUUUGGGGACAGAGACCCGGCACCAGUUCACAGGGCAGGUUGGCAACUGGGAGCACUGGUUUCCCAGGGAUGAAAUGCUGAGUCUGUUCGCUGGGGCAGUGGUGGUAGAGAAGCUGAGGGAUGCAAUGAAGUAUCUGUACCUUUUCCACCUCCGGUGUUUCUCUGUCUCAUUGCACAUAUAUUUGAGAUAUAUGUGACAAUGUAUAUAUAUAUUUGUAAAAUGUAUUUCAGAUGACAAAACUGGCCAAUUUUAUGUUAUUUUAAAUAUAUUAUAUAUAUUAUAUAUAAGAGUCUCCAAAAGAUAUAAAUAGACUAGAGAAAAUAAUAUAAAUAUGUAAUAAAUGUAUUUUGAUCUAUUUAAAA